GGGCGGGAGUGGGAUUAAAAAACUCCCGUGCAUACUGUACUUCUACAUGACACCAUUUUUUUAUUGUCUGGUGCAUACACAAUUGUGUCUGGGUGGGUCUCUGGGAUACAAAAAAGCACAAAGACUAUGUCUAUUCUGCACGACUCUGACCACAGCCAAGCCUUACACUCCUCGGCCAAUAGCUGAAGACGAGAGAAAAUAUUUGACGACAGCAGAGUCUACAUCACACCCUUAUCAGCAAACGAAAGAGGACGAGUGGAAUCGAGUCCAACAGUCGUUCAAGUGAAGGAUCACACACACACGAGGAUAAAACUCCAAAGUCACACUCUGCACCUUCCGCACCUGCUUCUUGCUCAGAGAUGGAAAAUGAACCAAUUACCAUCGAGUAUAUUCCAGCGAAACAGUCUAUGUGGUGGGGAACUCUUGGGACUGUACGCCCGUUUCUGCCGUUCGAUCCGUAUUUGGACGCACGUCAGAUUCAAGCCGCGCUGGAUAAGAAAAGUACGAUCCCGCAUCAUCCAGCUAAUGAAUUCAGAAACGCUGAUGUGAUGACCCUGGUGAAGAUCCUUACUAACAGGACCAAUGCCCAAAGACAGAGCAUUGCUUCGGCCUACCAAAACCACACACAGAAGGAUCUGAGUGCAGCUCUGAAGAAAGGCCUAUCAGGGGCUGUGCAGGAGCUGCUGCUGGCUCUCAUGAUGACUCCAGCUCGCUUUGAUGCUCAUCGCCUUCGACACUCCAUGGAGGGUAUCGGCACGGACGAGGAAGCUCUUCUGGAGGUCUUGUGCACUAGAUCACCAGACCAACUCCGAGAUAUCACCAUAGCGUAUCACGAAGCAUACGGCCGUUAUCUGGAGAACGACCUGAUCAGUGAGACGAGUAAAGAAUUUACCAAACUGGUGCUGGCCAUAUUGAAGAAGGAGGAGCUGAACAUGCCCAGCAAGAUUGAUUAUGAGCUCAUUGAUCAAGACGUCAAGCAACUCAGAGACGCUGUUAUUGGAAAGAAAUCUAACCCUGAGCCCUGGAUUCAGGUGCUCACGUCACGCAGUUCUGACCAUCUCAACAGAGUGCUUUCUAGGCUCGAGGAUCAGAAAGGUGAGGCAUUGGAUCAAACCAUCCAGAACAACUUCUCAGGAGACUUGCGACUGGGUCUGCGGAUUUUGGUUCACACCAUCCAAAACACACCACUCUUCUUGGCCCAGCGUUUACACACCUGCAUGAAGAAAAACGCUGUGGUUCGUGGUAUCAUGGUGGGACGGAGUGAGGAGGACCUCCUGCGGGUGAGGGUCGAGUUCUGCAAACUGACCAAUCUCUCCCUCUACUCCACCAUACAGAAAGAAUUCAAAGGGGAGCUGCAGCUGGCUCUUCUGGCUCUGUGUCGAUCUGAGGAUGCGUAGAGGAACAAGCAUGGAAGUGACGCAAAGAGCGAAGCAUCUCGGUUUUUAUUGCAAUGAAACCUGUACAGAAUUCAGUUUCAAUGACUAAGUACACUUUUGCUACCCUGAGUUACACAGUUAUUUAACAUUUUCACUGUCUUGGUUUAAAACAUAAUAAAGAGAAAUUUUAUUGUGGUA